AUGUCUGCUAAACAAUUCUCCCAAAGUGACAUUUUGGAUGGUUUUCUCUUAGUACGACCUGUAUGGGUUGACGAUGAAACAGUCAAAACUUGUAAAGGCUGCGAAACAUCUUUUACUCCUCUAAGACGAAAACAUCAUUGCCGUCAAUGUGGGAACAUAUUCUGCCAAGAAUGUACUUCAAAAAACAUUGCAUUACCUCAAUUGGGUUAUGUAAAACCAGAGCGUGUUUGUAGUGGGUGUUUUGAAAUCGCAUAUCUUGUUGGAUAUGUUAUUUCAGAUGACAAAUCGACCCAGAUACACGGUGCCCGAGGGUUACUUGAUAUUGUUGAACGUGGGAAUGAACAAGAAAUAUCUUCUUUCAUCACUAAUGGGGGAUUAGACGCGGUAGUCUAUCUAUGUCGAGCCACGCAGUCAUGUGACCUUCAUUUGUUAGGAACAAUUGCAUUGGCCAAUCUUUCCGGGAAUGAAUCAUUUAAGCCUUAUAUUAUUAUGAAAGGAAGUCUUCCAUAUUUGUAUCAUCUCAUCCUAUUUUAUUAUAAUAAAUCAGAAUCAGAGAUGUUAGACUUAUCAAAUACUUUAAAAUUUUUGGACUCCGUUUCAAGUAUUAUUUUAAAUAUUGCGAAUGUAUUAUAUUACUUGUCAGUCUCAGGAUCUUUAUGUCAACAAAUGUUAAUUGAUGAUGUAGCUUUGGAUGCUAUUCUAAAAUUAGCAGAUUUUCAACUAGGAACGUUAGAUGAUGAUGGCGCAUCCGAGGAUGAUUCACUUCCUUCUUAUGAAGAAAUUCGUCUUCGUAUUGAAUUGGCUCGUAGACUUGCAGCUAAAACCAUCUCAUGCAUUUCUACAUAUCCGACUCAUCAGCUGCUUAUUAUCGAAUAUCCCUUAGAUGGAUUGGAUCGUCUGAUGCGUUUAUUGCAUUCAGACAUUUAUGAAGUGCGAAAAUAUGCUGCAAAAUCAAUUGCAUAUUUAUCACUUAGAAGCGAUAAAUAUAAGUCAAUUUUAAUUAAAGAUGGUCGUGCAGAAUUGUUGACAUCCAUAAUUAACCUUGAACAAUCGGUAAAAGAUAAUCAAGUAGCAAUAUCUCACGCUUGUUGUGCAAUGGCUAAUUUGGCAACAAAUGCUGAAUCACAGCAACUUUUGAUUCACCAACCUCUAUUAUUAUCCAAUCUAUGUCGGAUUGUCGGUUACUUUCUCACAGAUAGAGAAAUUCAGAGACAUGUUGCAAGGUUAUUGGCAAAUUUCGCGUUAUAUGAGGAAAAUAAGGCGCGUAUGUUGUCAUAUCAACUAAUAGAGAUUGAAGAUCAUGAUAUGAACCAAACUGAAUCUUGGGAAGGUAUCAUUCCAGCACUUAUAGCUAUCGGCGAUUCUCCAGUAUCUGAUGUUGAAAUUCAGCUUCCAUCAGUUUCUCUAUCUAAGCUCACACCUAGUAUUCCAUUAAUCAAUCGUAUAUUGGAUACUGUAAAAGAUGAUGAUAUUAAAAAACGAGCAUCUCAU